AUGCUCAACUGGGAGAAGCGGGAAUCGGAGAAGCGGCUGAAUAAUAUCGAUGACUUGGUCAGGGACAAUAUGAAUGUAAAAAAGUGUUAGUACCGUAACCCUAAAAUACAGUAACCCCCAGACUCUUCCCGAACGAACUUCAAAGCUGUCGGCUCGAGAAAUGUGCUCCGCCAAUCCGUCUCCGUGCCUCCCACCGCUAAAGUUUUUCGAAGGAGAGAUCAGGGUAACUUAUAAUAGAAACGAUCAUGCGCCUUUAAAGUACGGUACCGACCUACCGUAGCCUGUAUUCAAAUCAUUUCAGGCGGCACCGCGGUACAAUCUAUCCACGUGUGUCGUCCAGAAGAGCAUGAGCACCGUGAUGACGUCAAUGUUUUGCUAUUUGCGCGACGAGCAAAAGUUUGUGGCGAACAAUCGAGAUCUUCUCAAAGACUGGAAAAUUAUUCGCUUUUGCAUGUUCAAGAAUGAGUUCCGAAAUCUGGGAGCACUUCGCAAAAAGUUCAAGGUUUAUAUCCGAUUCCAAACCGAGUUUUGUACUAUUUUCUAAAGGAAUCCGACCAAAAAUGGACUCAUCUAAUGAUGGUCAGACAUCCAUUCGAACGAUUCGUUUCGGGCUUCGUGGACAAGUGCUACAGGUAUUUUCAAAAGUAUUCCCACAGUUACCGCACGGAACCCCAGCCUUCCAAUAAAAAAUUCCCUUGGCGCAAUUCACGUGCGCUAAACAAGGCGUGUAACGCGUAAUUCCGGAGCGUCGUUGUAGAGUUUCUCAUUUCAAUUUUCCCUUUUUUCGCAUUAUCCCCAUCUUUUCAGAACCAAGCAGUGUCAAAACUUAUGAAAAUGAUUAGAAAUAAAUAAAAAUGAAAUUUUAACUGCUUCGCCAUCAAUUUCGAAACGUUUUAUGUGAAAAUUACAGAAUUUUUUUCCUUUUGGAAUCGAAAAUUUGCCUCAAUUAUCUCAAUUCUGUAUAUUUUUCGACGGUUGAGCGCUUAAAAGAUGCGCAAUAAACUCCUUGUUUGACUGGAUGGUUCGAAUGCCAGUGUCCGAACUCGAUUCGGCAAAUAAUCGUUAAAACUCCGUUUUUUCCAGUAGUUUUCGACAAAAUCCCUCAAUUUGGUCAAUUCUAAACGAGUCUGCUCAGUUUCGCGCUUGAAUCGAUGCUUUUAACGCAGACAAUCGCCCUACGAUUCGCAAAGAACAAAAUUUGAGUGUUUAUUAAGAGAAAAACGAAAGAAUUCUGGUUUUCAAUUGAAAAAAGAAACUCCGAGUCGACGGUGGAUGCAAGCGCGCCCCAUUGACAACUCGCUUGCGCAUUGGAAUGCUGGGGUUCCGUGUACCGUACUAUUUACAGGAAACCAGUAGUCCAACAUUUCUGUAAUGGUUGCAAAAGAAAUCUGACAUGUUUCAUGGAGACUGAAUAUGCUCGUAUCAAGAAACAAGUGGAGGAGAAUAAGUUUUUGAGAACCUACGAGGAUCGACACUUUUUCCCACAGAAUUGGUAAGCCUGAGUGGCCUAGGAGACACUGAAAAUGUUAGUCAAUUUGCAGGCGGUGCAACCUGCACCAAUACUUCUCAAACUUUACAUUCAUCCCCUACUCCUCCUCGCCCAACUUCUCCAUCACCGCCCAUCUCUUUCCGAUCUUCCGCGCUCACAACGUCCCGGAAUCCUCGCUGGCCUACAUCCAGACGGCCCUCGAUUCGGGCCGUACCGCGCACAGCACCGUCUCCUCGAAAGCGAGCGAAUUCGUCGAGAAGCGUCUAUGGAGCAGCCCGUAUCUCAUGGAAUUACUCGUCAAAAUGUUCUAUCACGACUUUGUUCUCUUCAAUUUUACACUUCCUGCCAUAUAA